AUGGAGUCUAGCGAGCAAGCCCAGGGCGGGUCUGGGUUCAGUCCACAGGUCGUUGCACUAGUGCGAAAAGUUGCCGAACUAGAGGCGGAGAGAGCUGAAUAUGAUUUAGUUUUGGAAACACUGGCUUCGUUGGAGCCCGAGAUCUCGCUGCACGCUGAGGCGGACGCAGAGACGCCGGUGCGGAUCCCGAGACGCUGUUGGCAACAAGUAGGGGACGUAUUGCUAGAGCGUCGGAAAGACGAGGUUCUGCCUAUGCUCGAGAGCCAGCGAGAGCGCCUCCAACACGUUAUCCACGAACUCCAGCGUCAGAUACAUGUCAUGACGGAGUCAGAUAGACCCGAGACCCGGACUCGAUAA